AUGGCAGAGGGCAACGCUACUGCGGUUGGUACUGGUGCGCUAGCGACAGCGUCACAGCGCCGCGGCUGCUGUGUCCCAAUCCUGAGCUUUCUGCACGUCCCGGGGAAAAUGCUGAAGCCUCUGUGGCUUAUGAUGGGUACCGCCUUCAGAUUUCGAACUCCUAGAAUGAUCGAGGCUGCAAGCGGGAAGCCAGCAGCCUCGCCGUCUGUGCUGUUGCUCACGGCGAAGCACUCCUUUGCUCCCUGGAACUACACCAAAGAUGCGUCGCAGUUGAAGAUCCCCCCAGAGUAUCAGAAGGCACGUUUUGUUAUUUGCCGCAUGUACCGCACGGAUGAAGACGGGAGGGCGGUGGCGACAGACGCUGUGAGUCUCCGCCUUCUCGCCCAGCACCCCAGCCUCGACGUGGCGCUACUCGCUGUCGAUGCCGCAUCAUGGAAAGCGCCACAUCGUGCUACCGCGGAGGCGCCAACGCACACAUUGGACUUGGCGCCGGAAUCACUGCUGCUGUGCAAGGAGCUCUAUCCAGCUGCGUCGGAUGGACUGCUCAUUGGCUUCCGCGGCGUUGGUCGGCUUGGGGAGCUCGACACGCUGGACCCAUCCGUGCUGCAGCGUCUACCUCCGCAUGAGCGCGACGCUCUUCUGAAGGAAAUGCAGGACGUGGAAGGCAAGCAGAUACGGGCCACCGCAACCGUCUCGGUACUGGAUGCGCAGGGCAUGUGCAAAGGUGUGGGUGAUCUCGCCACAUGCUAUCACGGCAUGUCA